AUGGCUCCGAAAGCGAAAAAUGCCGGCAAGGAUGCUGACCGCCAAGGCAAGAUUUACUCCAUCUCUGGACCCGUCAUUGUCGCUGAAGACAUGCUCGGUGUUGCCAUGUACGAAUUGGUUAAUGUUGGCCACGAUAACCUUGCGGGCGAAGUCAUUCGAAUCAACGGCGACCAGGCAACCAUCCAGGUAUACGAGGAAACCGCUGGUGUCACUGUUGGCGACCCCGUCUUCCGCACUGGCAAGCCUCUUUCCGUCGAGCUCGGUCCCGGUCUGCUAAACGGCAUCUACGAUGGUAUCCAGCGCCCUCUGGCUGGCAUCGCCGAGGUCUCUCAGGGCAUAUACAUUCCUCGCGGUAUAUCCGUUCCUGCUCUCAAUCGCAAGAAGAAGUGGGAGUUCACGCCCACCAAAAAGGUUGGCGACCAUAUCACCGGCGGUGACGUUUGGGGUACUGUCUUUGAGAACUCCUUCAUUUCCGUCCACAAGGUCCUUCUUCCUCCUCGCGCGCGCGGUACCAUCACCAAGAUCGCCUCCAAGGGCGAAUACACUGUCGCCGAGAACAUCCUCGAGGUCGAAUUCGACGGCAAGAAGACCGAAUACCCCAUGAUGCAAACCUGGCCUGUCCGUGUCCCCAGGCCCUCUACUGAGAAGCUUGUUGCCGAGGAGCCUUUCAUCGUCGGCCAGCGUGUUCUAGAUGCUCUUUUCCCUGGUGUUCAGGGCGGUACCAUUGCUAUUCCUGGCGCUUUCGGUUGCGGCAAGACUGUCAUUUCCCAAUCUGUCUCCAAGUUUUCCAACUCCGAUGUCAUCGUCUACGUUGGAUGUGGCGAACGAGGCAACGAAAUGGCCGAAGUUUUGAAGGACUUCCCCGAGCUUACAAUCGACGUCGACGGCCGCAAAGAGCCCAUCAUGAAGCGCACGACCCUCAUUGCCAAUACAUCCAACAUGCCCGUCGCUGCUCGUGAGGCUUCUAUCUAUACUGGAAUUACUGUCGCCGAAUAUUUCCGUGACCAAGGCCUCGACGUUGCCAUGAUGGCCGACUCUUCAUCGCGAUGGGCUGAGGCUCUACGUGAAUUGUCUGGUCGUCUCGGAGAAAUGCCUGCUGACCAAGGUUUCCCUGCUUACCUCGGUGCCAAGCUUGCCUCUUUCUACGAGCGUGCCGGCCGCGUCCAGGCUCUCGGUUCUCCCGACCGAAAGGGCAGUGUCAGCAUCGUCGGCGCCGUGUCGCCCGCUGGUGGUGAUUUCUCCGACCCUGUCUGCACUUCUACGCUGGGCAUUGUUCAGGUCUUCUGGGGUCUGGACAAGAAGCUUGCCCAGCGUAAGCACUUCCCCUCCAUCAACACCAGCCUUUCAUACAGCAAGUACACCGGUAUCCUCGACAAGUAUUACGAGAAGGAUUACCCCGAGUUCCCCAGACUACGUGACCGCAUCAAGCAGCUCCUGACCGACUCGGACGAGCUGGAGCAAGUCGUGCAGCUGGUCGGAAAGAGCGCCUUGUCCGACCCUGACAAGAUUACUCUGGACAUUGCCAGUCUCGUCAAGGAAGACUUUUUGCAGCAAAAUGGUUACUCGGAUUACGACCAGUUCUGCCCCAUCUGGAAGACGGAGUGGAUGAUGAAGCUGAUGGUUGGUUUCCACGACGAGGCCCAAAAGGUUAUUGCCCAGGGCCAGAGCUGGGCCAAGGUGCGCGAGGCCACGAGCGAUCUCCAGACACAGCUCCGUCAAAUCAAGUUCGAGUUGCCUAGCGACGGCCAAGAAGCUAUUAGCAAGAAGUACGAGGCCAUUCACCAGUCGAUGACGGACAAGUUUGCGUCAGUUAUGGAUGAGUAA